AAUGCCAGUUAUCUGCAUUUCUCUGCUCACGAGCUGUCACGCUGACAGCUCAGCACUAAUGCUCAGUGUGCCCUGAUGAUCUGUGUAGUAUCAUUCAGUGCCAGCUGUCAGUGCUCAUCCAUGCCACCUACCAGUGCGCAUCAAUGCCACAUACCAGUGCCCAUCUGAGCUGCCAGUCAGUGCCGCCUAUCAGUGUGCAUCAGUUGCCGCCUAUCAGUGCCACAUGGGUGCUGCCUUUCAGUGCCCAUCAG